GGGUAAUGUAGUUGAGAGAGGAGGUUGCGGUUUCCUCGUCCCCUUGUUGUUAUGUUGAGAGCACAAAAAGCAGUCCAAAAUAACUAUUACUGAAUUUAAAUUUAAGUUAAACGUACAGGUAUUAACAGGAGUAAACUGGUAUUCUGCUGUAGAGGGGCUGAGUUAACUUUACAGCAGAAUUAAUAGCAAAAGUGUUAUGUUAUGGAAGACCAAAGUUGACAUGCAGUUAGAAAUUAUACUUACUCAUUUUUUUAGGGAAUAUUUCUUGGUUGUUUUCUCAAGAUUUCAACUUAAGAGAACAAAUGUUAUUGCAAUUAUUCCCAAUUAUUAUUAUUCCCUCUUUUCAGGGAAAAAAACUUAUAUUUUACUCAUGAAAACUGUGUGAUCAUUUUCUGGAGAUCUAUAAAACAAUACAACAGGUUGAGCUCUUUGUCGUAGGUCGAAUCAUGGCAUAUCAUGCUGCUUUUGACCUUGAUGCCAAGUAAUUUGAGUCUAUUUUAUUUUUUUUUUCCCCAUUAAAAAAAAAUAAUAAUAACAAAUGAUAUGUGAGGAUAAAUGUCUGCUUUUGGCGUCCAUACAACACAGCUGAAUGUUGUUGCAAUUAUAUAAUUUCAGAUUAGCACCGUAAAGUUCACUGUAUCAUGCUUAAUCAACUAUUAUUGCUUUUUAAAAGGGAAUUGUUAUAUUUUUUUCCAACUCGUGGGACUGGUGGUGUGAUUACUUAAGGAAUCACCUUUUUGUUUUUUUUAGUUAUACACCUUUAGGACCUUAAUCUAUACCUCUUUUACGGUGUUUUCAGACUACUACUGAAAUAUAUAAAAAAAUAUGUUUAAGUUGAUUAAAAACAUUAAGUCCUACAUUAAAAUAACCCAGGUUUGGAUGCAUAUAUUUCUUUAAUAAAUAGUAUGUUUGGUAUUUCUUAAUUACCUAUUAGCUUGAUUAUGCCCAGUCUGGGAUAUUGACCAUGGAAGAAAAUGCCCAUGCACUGUUCAAAAUAACUCUGCAAACUAAAAACAUCAUUCAGAUCUGUGUUUUGGCCCAAAACACACAUUUUCCUAUCAGCCGUUUGAAUAAUUUCUCACAGUGUCUGUUUUCACUGAUCUAAAAAGCAUGGAGGCACUCUGUGGACAAAACAGGAAAGGACUCAGAGUGUCGGGGAAUGGGUGGGGAUGACUUUCUGAGUGUUUUCCACUGACUUCAUUCAUCACAGCAAAACACUGUAAGGCAGGCAUGCAGGGAGCAGACUGCAAAGAGGGACUGACUUACUUUUAGUUAACUCAAUAACACAAACUAGCAGGACUGUAGAAAACAUCCCCUCAUUCCGCUGUUGUUUAGACGACAACGACGACGACAGUGAACAGCCACAACAGGAACUUACUCACUGCUGCCAACAUCAGGAUUAAAAAAUAUGGAGGUCAGUAUCUGCUGAGAAAAUGUCUCUUUUCAUAUUGAUUGUUAUAUGACUUGGUGUAUUUAGUGUGGAAAUUUAAAAUGUCCUAAAGUUUGCAGCAUGCUCCAGAUUGUUUAAAUCUUUGGAAUGACUUGCUAAGAUAAUAAAAUAUCCUUGACAGACAAACCAAAGAAGUGCACAGAUUGAUGGUGACUUGUGCAGUGAAUUUGCUUUGACCGCUGUGAAACAGGAGCAGGAUAUUUUAAGUGUUAGAUUUUUAUAUAGUUAAAUUUCACACAUGUAUAUCAUGAGUAGUAUCAUCUCCGUACUCAGACACUGGGUUGAAUUUGGCCUCUAAAUGUGACCAUUUUUGAUGAUCUAUCCAAUGCAUGGACUGUGAUAUGAUACUAGCCUGAUAAUGGGUUUAAAGCAUGUUACCGUCAAUUCUCUGCAGAAUAUCUGUUUGACAUCUGUUCAUGAUAAAAAUGUAGGAUUGCAUUUUGUUCCAGUUUGUUACAUACUGGUCUUAAAAAUUCUUCACUAGCAGAAAAAAGUGUUAAACUUUGACCUCAUUUCAUGUUUUACAUGUUUAGUCCACAUUCUUCAUGCACAACAAAAGACGGUUUGGUCCAGAAAUAUUUGCCAGGCAGGAAGUCAAAUCUCAGGAUGUUUUAGUUUCCUCCUUUUUCCGCUGCUUGAAACAAUAGACGCUAAAUAGCGUUACAACAAUGUCUGGGUCAAGUGCAUAAAAGAUUCUCAAAUUUAACACACAGAGGGAUUUGUUUGGUUGUAUUUCAUGGGCCAAAAAAGUAGAGGAGUUUAAAAAGAUUACUUUGAAAGAAAGUAAAAAGAUAAAACACUGACUUUGAAAUCAACCAUCAUGGUUUCUAAUGCUGAAAACAUCUUCAUGUAUGAGCAGGAUCCUGGCCUGGUCAGAUGUGACAGCCUGGACGCUGGGAACAGCUCUGACUGGGAGGUGAUGUCCCCGAUAGAUCACAUGACCUUUGACUCUGAGGGCUCUGAACCAGCAGCAAACCUGGAACCUUCUCCAGCAGAACUGGCUCAGUGCGAGGCUGAAGUGGGGACGCUGCUCAGCAUCAUCGCUGAACUGAACAAGAAGAUGGGCUCUCUGAAGGCACCCAGGUAACAUCAGUGAAGACAGUAAUCAGAUCUGGGUUUACCUUUUUGAUUGAGGAACUCGUGUUACUACUGUGAGACAUAAAACUGGUCAAAAAGAACAGAAAUCAGAUUUUUUGUGUCUUAAAAUAACCAGAGGUAUUUGGUGACAAAAAUAUAAUUUCUGCAGUGAAUCAGGGGACCUAAGAUCACCAGGACCACCUGGGCCUCUGGUUCCAGACCUCCUGUCCCACAGACUGGCCAGAAGCAGCCCAGAGAGGACCUCUGCCUCAGCAAACACAUCCAAACCUCCACUGAGUGGCCGAGGUGGAACAUCGUUUUGUUUUUAUUCAGUUGAACACACUUUUAGGAUGUGCGAUGCUACUGAAAGUUGUGAUUGAAUUAAAUACCCUCCUGUCCCUCCAUUUUAAUUAAUUGCAGCUCUCCUCUCCUUCCUUUAGGGGGCAGCAGUGUAGUAUGGUCUAAACUGCAGGAGGUUUUGUCAUCAGUGGAGGACUCCAUCAGCUGCAAACGGUCUUGGGCGGCCCCCAUCACAGCUUUGGACCAGAACAAGCACAGAGAACAUCUGAGGGCAGCCCAGGAGAGCUGGGUGAAGGCUGCUCAGGUUUACAUGGUCACUCUGUUGGUCUGAUAUUUAUUUAUCUUUAGAGCUCCAAGAAUAAGCAGCAUGUUUGCAGUUUACAGACAACCAAACAAAACCUGAUCCAGACGACCAGAGAUUUAAAUUUGGUCAGCAAAUUAUUAAAAAUGGGGUCAUAAAAAUACCAACACAUGCUGCCUGUCUGUCUGAGUCUUAAUGAAGGGGGGAACAUGACAGUUUUAGACUUCCAUCAGCCCCUUAAGUAAUUUCGGCUCUCUCAUUACAGAUUUUAGAGGACAUGGAAAAGGAGUUUGGGAUUUCAUGCCCACAAGUCCCACCAAAGGACAAGUUUCAAGAAGAAGCCCUGGAUACAGAGAAGCGAGAUUCUGCUCUCAGGAGCGGUCACCAGGAGGAGCUGGAGAGAGCACCAAGUCUGAGCCACAUGGAGGAGGAGAGGAACAAGGUGUCAGAAGCUGGACAGUAAAUAGGCGUAAAAUAAACAGCCAAAAGACAUGAUGAAAUAUGGAAAUAUGAGGUCAUUUCUGGGAAACAAGUCUUCACAUGUGUCUUUGUAACGCUAAGUUUAUGUAACUUCUGGCAAGCUUCUGCAACAGUGCAGUUUGAGCAAGAUGUUUGGUGCUUUUACCCUAAACAGAGACCCCGCUCUCCUUCUCUUGUUUUUCAGCUGGUUGGUCUCCAUAAACCCUGGAGAUCAGGCAGUCACUCUCCUUCAUACAGACCCACCGCUGGGGCUCUCAGUCCAGACUGGGCCUCUCCACCCUUCCCUGGUUCACCGUUACUAAGCAGAAGAACAGCCAGAGCUAUAAACCCUCUGUCUCUGGGUGGAGAUGGUUCUCCUGUAGGUUCUGUUCACACCUGCAGUCCUUGUCAGAGUCCCAUCAGCCUGGAGUCUGAGACAGAGCGGCUCAGCAGGUCAGUUAGCUAAAACUCACAGUGGACUGAACCAAAACACAAAUGUUACACUGACUGAGCAGAUGUGUUUUGGUUCAGCAAUAACUUCAUCUAUUUCAUAAUGCCAAAUAAAAAACCUCACUUGAGCUUUAAGGAUCAAAAAAGUAUUGGCAUAUAUAAAACAAAAACAAACACUGAAAUGCCAACAAACCUACUUAAGUUUAUUGCACCAAAGCCCAACAGGUUUGGUUUAGACAUAAGCCCCGCCUUGUCCAAAGAAAGUCGCCAAUCAGAGUUCAGGAGUAUGUAGUGAUAUGUUUAAAGUCUCACUCUGAUCAUUUUUUUAAAUUUACUACUUAAAGUGUUCUCAGUGGUCUUUAAAUUGUCAUUAUUAAGUUUUUAGCCAAAAUCACGUUACCUGUGUCAUUUUCAAAAGCUUCUCUUCUUCAGAGCUCCAGUUGCUUAUUAGCAGUUCACCUCUGAGUCGUGGGCGGAGACAACGCUGCUGUGCACACUCCUCUUCAUGUUAGCUUGCAGCCUAAAAUUGCUGGUGCAGCAGAAGUGGCAGGUAACAUAGGAGCUAUUCAGCUCUCAGACACUAAUGUCUUUAGGGACACGAUGAAAGUUAAUAUCAUUAUUAGCUUUCUUACGAACAUUGCCAAUCCGCUAACGCACAUGCUUGUUUCGCGAUCGUCCUCUGUAUUUCUCCUCUAUAUGCAGAGUCUGACCUGCAUAGCGAAGCUCCGGGGGCGGAGCUUGGAUUGGUUAUGUAUGAAAUCUCACUGUUUCUGAACCUGCCGUUUGGGUCUGCCAGAGAUUAACAACGAUUUGAUCGAAGAAAUACUCAGAAAAGCAAUUUGACACUCAUUUUUCUCAUGAUAUGUCCUGUAGCGUCAGAAAAAUGCCAUAUGAACAUGUAGACAACAAGAAAAGCAUGAUUUUCACCAGAGUGGGUCUUUAAAAAGGGCUCAAGCCACCCCAGGUAACGCGGUGACAAUGCCCCAGACAGAGGAGAAUAUUUAGUUUUAUUGACUGAAAACAAGGAAACGACGAGACACAGGCACAAAUAUCUGACAGAGCAUAAGGAUGGGAUUGUGAGUCACACACUAAAAUGGAUUCAGCCUCAGAAUGAAUUUGAGGUCUGAAACCAAACAAAUAAGAAUAAAAAGCUCGACUUGAAUUGAAUUAUUUCUAUCUUCAAUUCUUUUACCAAACAAAGGUGUCUCCUUCUGUUUUGGUCUCACCCUCCUCAUCCUCUCUUUGUUUCCCUCAGGUGCAUUGAGAGGCUGAAGGCCAGAAAUGAACGGCUGACUGCAGCUCUGGAGCGAAGGAAGGCAGAGUCGGAGCAGAUCAUCGUUAAAGUGAACAGACUGGAGGCUGACUGCAGUGCCCUGCAGACUGCUCUGAGAUACAGGUACACUCCUGACGCACACGCCUGUCUAUACUCAUACUGUCAGUAAUGCUGUGAGACGUAUGUCACAACAAUGACUGUUCACAUGCUGCUCAGCUGAUCGUUUGGAUCCAAGUUCUCCCCAUCAGUGAAGUCUUUGUUUUGUCUUUGUGGCUGUGAUUGACAGUAAGGAGUGUGAAGAGGCCUACGGCGAACUGCUGUCCAUUUACGACUCCAAGAAGCAGCAAAGCAUUCCAGCCUCAGCAGGUGUUUGAAUACCACGUUUUAAUACCAAGAACUCGUAUAUGCUUACAUGUACAGCAUGUAUGUACGUCAUUCACACACACACAAAUACACACACACGGCUCACAGUUUUUCCUCUCUUCAGAGAAAGCCGGUGACAGGCAGCAGUCCGACAGUCCAUCAGCUCAGCUCAGGAAAAUGGGAACUGAGGAGCUGUCCACCUCCUUCUCAACAGCAGGGGGAACAGAGGAGACGCAAACAGAGAGACGCGCAGGGCAGAGGUGAGGCUUGAAAGUGCUCUUUGUACACUCAAGCAUGGGCAGGAGGCAACAUGUGUGAAUAAUGGACAGAGAUUAAACUGACAGGGAAAGUUUCUUCAUACUAACCAAGAUCUACUUGAUACUGAAUCAAUGUUUCCAAAACUACCUGGAGUCACUUAACGAAGUGUGACAGUCAUUAAAAACUUUUGACUAUUCCUGUAACCCCACAGGACACCUGAGCAGGGAGAGCGGGAAGCUGUUCUCCGCCAGCAGAUUGAGUAUCUGAAGAGGGAACGGGCCGCGAUUUGUCUACCUAAACCGAGUCAAGGAGAUGACUGCAAAAUGAGUCCUGAAGCAGGUCACCUGGCUGGAUCCAGAGGAGGGCCAGUGACCAAAGAAAACGUCAAGCCUCCAGAUACAAAGAAGGAGAAGGCCUCACUCUUCUAUGAGCUUAUUUCUGUCAGGGUAGGAACCCAAUGCAUCAGAUUUCAUAUAGUGCUUUAUCAGAGACCCUCAAAGCACUUUACAUUGAAUACAUCAUUCAUUCACUCACAAUCAAACAUCAGUGGAGGACAGACACUGGGAGCAAGGUGGGUUAAGUGUCCUGCCCAAGGAAACAACAGACAGCCUCAGGAUAGGGGGGAGUCGAACCGCCAACCUUCCAGUUAUUGGACGACUGCUUUACCUCCUGAGCUACUGCCGCCCACAUUGUGUCUUUUUUUAAAGUCAGAUGUCAUAUAACUUUAAUUCUUCAUUUUCUACACUUGGCUGUAGACAUGUUUUUUGUUUUUCCUGUAAAUAUGGAUAUUCUUUGAUGGAGCCUUAUGGUGAAUAACUCGCUCUUAGUGUCAGCCCCCAGUGGCGUCUUAUAAAAAAGAAGUUUUCGGCGCUCUGAGUUGGCUCCAGCCUCUGCUAAGCUUACUAAAUAAUCCCUAACUCACAUAACACCUACAUAAACACAGCGUUUAUAGUGUGUACACAGUCAGUUUUUAGGACUCUGGAGACAGACCUCCAAGAAAUUGAUCUAAUGAGGUCAGGAAACCCAGAGAGACCUAAAUCUGGAGAAGUUUUUACAGUGCCAUAAAUGAGAACUUUGACUAACUUUGCUUGUUUUCUGUAUAAAUCUCUACUAUCAUAUCCUGUCAAAGCACAAAUGAAAAGUUAGAAACUAGGGAAAAUGUCCAUUAAGUGAAUCAAAAGUACACAGAUGCCAAAAAAUAUCUUCCUGCGUAGAGUCAUGCUCGCUACUUCUGCAAAAAUGCACCAUUAGUUUAAAAAGUGUUAACCCACACUACCUAUGCUGUAACCUUUAAAAAUCUUAAUAUACUGUGUUCUGUGGUUUUGCCGUUUCUGUUCAGGAGGAGAUGUCAGAUUUGCGAGCUUUGAUUCGCCUGAAGGAGAAAGAGCUGCGGUGUCUGGAGUGGAGUCUGAUGGCCCAGAAGGCUCAAGAAGCGGCUGGAGCUUUCGUUCCAGAGAGCCUCCGAGAAGAGCUGGAGGAUCGCACAACCGAACAACAGGUAGGACAGACUCGAACGGCAGCAACGCUGACUUUUUUGUAAUUUUUAGAAUCACACAGAGUCAAGGUGAAACCAGCAAGAGGGAGCAGGACGCCGGUCUACUGUGGCAAACCCGAUUCAAAUCUGGAUGUCCCACAUGGGAAAUCACACGUCUACAAAUGCAGAAUCCCUCCAGGCCAAGAGGGAUAUUUUGGUUUCACAAGGUCUUCAGUUGGGCUGUCCUGUCUUUGUGGAAUGAGAAAGAACUGAGCAAAAAGCUUUCUCUCAAUUACUCACUUCGACUUGUGUGACUCCAUGACUAUUCCCCCGGAAAGAUGCCGUAUUUCUUUGUGAAGGUCUGACAGAACAGACUUUUUAUAAAUGAGCUCACUGGACGAAGAAGAAGAACCCCUCCACUCUGCUUAAAGACUUUUUCUCUUGAUCGUUUUAAUGGAAGCAAAAAGGAUGAAAAUUUCGUAACCUUAUGAAGAGGGAGAACAAGAGUCUGCUUUUCUUGUCUUUCACUGAUGUACAAGGACAAGAUCGACAGCUGCUUAAAUGAACUCAGUGAUCGUUUAGAGGCUGGCAAAGCAAAAUACAACACUUAUAGACACAGAUUACUGAUUUACCACAAUAAUGAGAUUAAUAACCAAAGCAAAUGAAUUAGUGCAAACAUUGGUAUCUGUAACUGUGUCAGUAUUAAGUCUAACAAAUCAGAUCACUGCCUCCUCGCUCUGUCCCAAACUUUAGAUCAGUGGUUCCAAAACUGGAGGGUGUCAGAUCUCAAUAAACGUAAUUCAAUCUGGAUAAACAAGUUAACGACUUAGAGCCAAAUAUCUAUUUUUACAGAGAAAUAGGGAGAUGUAUAGGUGUCUGUCCUUAGCAUUAGUAAAUGUAUUCCUGUCCUGAAGUCCAGAUACUCGUGUUUAAGGUGUUGGUCAAUUAUGUUGCGUGAGACUGUUGAGAUGGAGAGGUGGAGGGUCACAUGUAACAACAGCAUAAAUAAACUGAAGAAAGAACGAGCCAGCAGCAUGAUAGACUACAAAUAAAGAAAGGUAGCAGUGCAGGUAGAUGGGACUAGAACAGCUGAUGACUAUGGGAAAAUACAUUGUACAUGACAAGUCCCUGAGCUAAAAAGCUUCAGGCACUACUGCUUAGGUAUAUCCCAUGUUCACUGAUUGUGUUUUUUUCUAUAAUCAUCACUGAAAUUUUUCAGCGGCUCUGUGAAAAUGCAGCCAACCCAGGCAGUGAAGGGGACAACGCCAGCCCUCGAUCCAGACCCAUCCUGAAAGAGCUGCAGGCAGUCUUGCAGAGGUGAAACUUCAUCACCUGACUCCACAUUUCCGACUAACCCCACAAAACCUCCUGAUCUGAUUUAACAUAAUGACACCAAAAAGGUACCUAAUGAAUGUUUCAGCGCAUAAGAAGAAGAAUCAUUACGAUAAACAGUGUGUUGUCUGAUUUUCUGUUGCUUAGGAACACUAUCAGCAGAAAAGCAGACUUAAGACACAAAGGCCUUUUGUUUUGUUUUUCUAUCAGAUGCUUUAGAAAGCAUCCUUGGUCUCUUCUGACAUUGUGUGGUGAACACUUCUACGUAAAUAACCGCUGUUAACACUCUGCAUCACUUCACAAUGAAUUCAAGGACUCUUCACGGAGACAUUUCUGAUCCGGUGACUAACAGAAAAUACCCUCAGUGACUCAGGUGCGAUACCAGACUGAUAUAUUUCAUCCUAUCUUAUUUAACAGGGAACAGGCCCUGAAAAAGAGACUGGCUCUAGUCCAGGACUCUCUAAACACAGCUCUGUCAGACAGCACUUCACACAGGAGGGACAAUGGAGAGCAGUUUGCUCGGCUAACACAAGCUCACAGGUAAGUGAAACACGAAAAAGCGUAUAUUAAUGUUUUUGUUAACUCUCUGUAUCUACAUCCAAAGCCAUGACUACUAAUGUCUUAUUGUGGGUGUCUUCCAGUAAAGCCUUGAGUUCGUACCGUCAGAUUCGUAGAAAGUACCGGGAGCAGGUGUGGAGGCUGGAGCAGAAAGUUGCAGCCAUGAUGGAGAGUCACCAACAGCAGAGCGGAGCGCAGAAAUCUGCAGGGGAGAGCCCAGAGUGGAGGAGGGAAGAGACCGUACUGUGAUCGUUCGACAGAGAAUAAGCUUUCAUAUAUUCACACUUUAUAGUUCACUAUCAUGUACAGUGCCUCUAUUAGGGCUACUAUAAAGACAUUUAUUUUUAAAGAGUCGCAAAAAUUUUUAAAGAUUUACCAUUUUUUCCUAGUCAACCAUAAUGUCAUUAAACAAAAAUAAUAUUUAAAGUCAUUAAACAUUUCAGUAAAGCACAGCAUGAUACUGUUUUUAAGGAGGAUAUCACACAGUUUUUUGCCUAAUCUUUUCACAGUCCUGAUACUAAUAACAACAUGGUGCUGAGGUGCCAAAACAUUAGGAACAAUUUAAGAAGACACUCCACAGUCCUCAUUUUGGCACAGGCAGCUCAACUUUAACCCCAACUUCAGUCAUGACCUUUUUACUUUAACAUGAUGACCUGAUUCUUAAAAUAUUACGACUUCAUUUUUGUAAUAAUGUCUCCUAAAUGUUACAUUACGGCCUAACUUUACUCUAAUGAGAAAAUAAUGUGUAAAAAUCUGUAAAUCUUUGGAUAAAAUAUUUUUUUUUCAGUUUUCUUUCUUUAGUGUGGCCUUAACACUGUCACAGUGCCUCUAAAUUUAAGCUGCAAACAUUUUAUUCCUGUGAUUUUUUUUCAGCUCACAGAAGUCUUAUCAUAAAGUUAUGGUCAGCUAUUGUUGGAACUUCUGUGUUUCUAGCCAGUUAGCAGUUAUUAGCUAAAAAGAUACUAAUAUGAAGCGUUCUGUAAACAUUUACCUAAAUCAGAAAAUGUUCAAACAUUCGCACUUCAAUAUUAUUAUUAUCAUUAUUAUUAUUAUUAUUAUUAUUAUUAAGAGUCGCUGUACCAAAAUUACAGUGCCGUAAAGUUGCUGGCAUGGAUAUAGGGUUUAAGUUAAGAUAAAUGAAAAUCACUUGUAUAAGCUUUGUGUGAGGGUGAUGUCUGGAUAAUAGUCCAGGUUAUAUCAUGUACCUGUUUCACAACAUUUUCCCAUUGAAGAAUUAAAUGUUUUGUAUUCUAAUUAAAAUCAUUUAUUUCCCUGUA